GACCCAUUCUAAGUUUCCGAGUCUAGGCCUGCCCGUCUUCACACGUACAAGGAGGACACGAUAUGUUUGUUUGUUAUUGUCAGUGUCUGUAAUCACCACGGGAAUGUUACAUUGUUUCAACAGCGACUCCUUAACCUUGGAGUAAUAGAGGGCUUCGUGUUGACACAGGACCUGUUCUCAAGUGCGAUGGCAUAAACUGCCUCGCUGAAUGGUACUUAUUCCGUGAGCGGGAAUUUGAUCAAUCUUGCCUAUUAUAUUUCCACCGAUCUGUCGCCACAAUGUAUCAAACGCGCUACCGCUUCGUCAUCUCCGGACGCAAACCUCGCAGGUCCAUGAGGCAGCAUCACAUCACCGGCGUCGUUAGUCAGAACUAUGAGGAAAUCAAAAGGAAUUGCCUGGCGAGGCGUACACUUUUUGAGGAUCCCGAGUUCCCUGCGGAGAGCAGCUCGCUAUAUUACAGCCAGCCACCGAAACGGCGAGUAGAGUGGAAGCGACCCAAAGAGAUAUGCCCGAACCCCCAGUGGAUCGAUGAGGGAGCCAGCAGGUUCGACGUGGUUCAGGGAGAGCUCGACGACUGUUGGAUGAUAGCAGCAGUAGCAUCACUCACCUGCGACCAGAAGCUGUUCUCCAGAGUUGUCCCCCCUGACCAGAGUUUCCAACAUGGCUACUGUGGAGCGUUCCGGUUCCGGCUGUGGUACCAGGGCGAGUGGCUGGACGUGGUGGUGGACGACCGACUGCCCACCUACCGCGGUCAACUCAUCUACAUGCACUCGGACACACAGAUGGAGUUCUGGAGCGCUCUGUUAGAGAAGGCGUAUGCCAAGUUGCACGGGUCAUUCGAAUCGCUGAAGGGCGGGUCCGCGCACGAGGCAAUGGAGGACUUCACGGGGGGUUUGGCGGAAGUGUUUUCUCUGAAGGAAUGGCCAGCCAACCUCCUCCAGAUCAUGCUGAAGUCUCACGAAAGAUCGGCGCUCAUGGCCUGCUCAAUCGAUUAUGACGGACAGACGGUAGAUCAGCAUCACCGCCUUGACAACGGCCUAAUCGUGGGCCACGCCUACAGCCUUACAUCUAUCAGACAGAUCGACGUGGAUGGCUCUGGAAAUCACGUGACCCUCGUCCGCGUUAGGAACCCCUGGGGUAACGACAAGGAGUGGAAUGGGGCUUGGAGUGACAGGUCCCAGGAGUGGGAGAGACUGCCACAGCACAAGAAGGAGAGUCUCGGACUCACAUUUGACGACGACGGCGAGUUCUGGAUGAAUUUGUUUGACUUCCUGAGCCACUUCUCCGAGCUGGAGAUAUGUAACCUUGACCCGGUGUGCAACGAGAGCGCAGUCUCCGUCAAGAGGUGGGAGGUCACGACCCACACCGGAAGUUGGGUCAAACACGUCAGUGCUGGAGGUUGCCGAGGAAACCACCCAGAAACCUUCUGGACGAACCCCCAGUUCCGCGUGACGCUGACUGACCCUGACGAGACGGAUGACGAGGACGAGUGCACGGUGAUCGUGGCACUGCUGCAGAAAGACAGGAGGAAGAAGCGGCAGGAGGGAGUCGACCUGCUCCAGAUCGGCUACAUCAUAUAUCAGCUGAAAAACAAUCACCAAGGUCCGCUGGAUAAGAACUUCUUUCUCUACAACGCAUCCGUGGCGAAGUCACCACCUUUCAUCAACAGACGCGAGACUUGUGGGAGGCACAAACUGCUCCCUGGAAAUUACGUCAUCAUUCCCUCCACAUUCAAUCCUAACCAGGAGGGGGACUUCCUGCUGCGCAUCUUCACAGAGAAGGCCAAGGAGACUCAGGAACUGGAUGAGGAAACCAGGUUUAUGGAAAUCGAGAUCCAUACUUGUAAUCUACAAGCGUUGGUAGGAGGUCCCAACGCUUUAACCCAACCGUCGGACUCCCCGCCGCCCCCGACGUCAGCAGAUAGCCGGGAGCAGGAAGAACGCCUGGCCAGGUUCCGCACCAUCGCCGGAGACGACAUGGAGGUCGACGCCUACGAGCUGCAGGAAGUCCUCAACUUUGCCUUCACGAAAAAGUUCGUGUUCCCGGGGUUUUCUAUUGACGUCUGCCGGAGUAUGGUGGCAUUGCAUGAUGGUGACCUUUCUGGAAAGCUUGGAUUCGAGGAGUUCCGAGAUUUGUGGGCUGACCUUAAGAGAUGGGAGGGCGUGUUCAGGGAGUAUGACAUUGACCGGAGCGGAUCCUUCAACUCCUAUGAGCUCAGACUGGCUCUCAACUCCGUAGGUUUCCGGUUGAGUAAUCGCACCUUUCAGUCGAUCGUGAUGCGAUACAGCAACAAGACCGGCCAGAUUGAGUUCGGAGACUUCAUUGUGUGUGCAGUGAGGCUAAAGACAAUGAUUGAGGCACACAGAACAGCAGAUUUCAACAAAAUUGAUAACUUCAUUCAAACCACGAUGUAUUCAUGAGCAGACGUUACACGAACUUCCGUUUCCUGUCUCGUGUCACUAUGGUGAUCCAAGAAGUGUCAACUGGUAUUACGUCUCAAACACGCGUCCGGAAUGAAUAAUACUCGGUGUUGGUGCAGUAACGCCAACUGGGACCCCCGAUUCCACCAAUUGUGAGCAGGCGAAAUGCAAUCAAAUGUGUUAGGUAGAAUUGCAAGAAGUGUCUAUUUAGGCAUGAAGCCAAUAAUGGUCUGACCAUUUUAGUAUUCAAGAGGCUUGCCUUUUUUGUUCGAGACAAAUAUUUUAUCGAUCAUUACUUCAUACGAAAAGAAUCUCAGAAAGUAGAAGUGGAACACACUGUUUUUCAGGGCAUCCAGUAUGGCUAGCAUGUUAAAAUUUUAGGCGAAAUAUUUUUUCUGAUACUUUAUUUUGAAAAUACCAUUCCCGCAGAAUGGUCGGUCCAUAACAUUGACAUGUUGAAAUCAUUUCGUAUGCUCUUACUUACCUUUCGUUCGUGCAUAGUGUGCAUGAUAAGAUUUUCUACGGUUGAGGUAGAACUGAAAUUAUUUGAUCCUUUUUGCUCUGUAUUGGAAGCUAAUUUUACACACGGGAUAUGUUUCUCCCCCAAUCAUAAUAGUCGUCUCCAUAUCGGCCGUCUUUCAUUGGUUAAUGUGAUCACGUGGUAUAUAAACCACUCCGAUGAAACCGCAUUGUGCCUGUGCGAUUAUAAGAUUUGUAGCACGGGUUGCGAGCGGUACCUUUGAUCUUACCCGUGCUGUAUCAUGGUAGUAAGAGCACGGUUUGUUAAAGAUUAUUACCAUUGGCUGAUGCCAAGAUCAGCAAGCCCCGCCUACUAGCUUGAGAAAUUUCAAACUUACAAUGUUUCUUUAGUGUUGUACAGUGUUCAAGAGUAAUAACGUAAAUAAACAACAACAAAAAAUAGAAAUGUUUAUAACUUAAUUAAAAGAUUACAAUGUAACUGUCAAACAUAAAAACAACUGGACACAGAACGCAUUUUGCUAAAUUCGGAAAAUUAAUAGUUGACAUUUCUAAUGUGCCUUUGAAAAUUCCAAAGUUUACACUUGAUUUAACAAUUAGAUUAAAAGUUAAACGUUAACGUUAAAAGUUAACGUCAUAUUAUACGUCACUAAAUUUUACACAAACUCGCGCAGUUUUGGAAUGACCGUCGCAACCCGUGCUACUAGUCACUUACAACACACCCAUCUACACGUUGUUUGGGCAGUAAGAGCACGGUUUGGCUUGGCAUUUGAUUGACAGACAAAAGGACCGAGGGGCGGAGCCCCGAGGUGAUCCUU